GGAAAGUGUAGAGGGCGAUGUGCAAGUUCAUGAAGCUAUCCAUUUCUUUCCCCGCAUAUCUCCUCAUCGGACUGCCCGGGGCGAUUCCACAGCCAAGAUAAAAUAGCGUAAAAUAGCGCUAUGCGGAGUAGCUUGGGAGAACCAAUUCGGAGUAAAUACCAACGAUCACCGAGCCUCCACAUCCGUGGCAUCGUUCACGAUACUCUUUCAAGAUUUAAAGUGGGCGUCAAGUAUACUAGUAUGAUGACUAUCUAGCUGCACCUACGAGAGUCCAUGGCACUAUACCCGUUCUGAAGGCUUCAUUUGUCAAUUCAAUAACACAUUGUUACCUAUUUACGUCAGGUGUAUUGGACGCCGAGCUGAAGCGGCCCGACAAGGAUGAAAAUCUUUGGCUGCAGGUGACGUAUCUACCGGCACCGAAGCUCGAAAUUAGGAUGGAUUAUUCCUUCUGAAGGAUCUAAGAGAUAAAUAAUAAAUACCUUCAUGUGCGUAGCAGAGCGGGAUUUUUAACCCGAUACGUUUAAUCCCCCUAAUUUCUUCUGUAAGGAGCUACGCAGAAUGAGAAUUCAAACCCUGUUGGCCACGAACGUGGUAGGGUCGCUGUUCCCAUUUCUUGCGUUAUGUCAAGGCAGCGCGAGUUGGAUUUCUGUGGGCGACGACGGUCGUUCAUUUUCCCUGUCGUCCUCCAAUAUCUCGUAUCAAUUCCAUGUUGAUCCUUUAACCCUCGAUUUGAUACACGAUCAUUGGGGGGCCUAUGCAGCCGAGACGGUCCCUGACUUCACCGGUGUAGUAUCCGGAUGGGGCUCUCAAUAUACAUACCGCCGCCGCGAGUUUCCCGAUCUUGGCCGGGGCGACUUCCGUGUUCCGGCCAUCCAUAUUCAACACUCCGACGGGAACACCGUAUCGGCAUUCUCGUACACGGGAUAUGAAAUUAGCCCGGGAAAACCGUCUCUCCCCGGCUUACCGGCUACCUAUGGCAACGAAGGCGACGUAUCAACGCUCAUUGUACACCUAUACGACAACUAUUCCGAUAUUUCUGCGGACCUGUACUAUUCCAUCUUUCCUAGGUAUAAUGCUGUUGCUCGAAGCUUCAGGAUUACGAAUAAUGGAACCCGAGAUGUGACAGUACUUCGGGCUAGUAGCUGGAGCAUAGAUAUGCCGAACGAGGAUUUAGAAAUGAUUGAUCUCUAUGGAGAUUGGGCGGCAGAGGCUCGCAUUAAUAGGCGGCCAGUUGCAUACGGGGAGCAAGGCUUCCGCUCAUCCGCAGGCUAUUCGUCCCACUUCCAUAAUCCCUUCAUUGCUUUGGCUUCCCCAAGUACCACAGAGUCUCUCGGACCAGCCACGGGCUAUUCGUUGGUGUAUACAGGCUCAUUUUCUGCCGACGUCGAACGUUGGUCGACAGGGUGGGUUAGAGUACUACUUGGCCUAAACCCUCUACACCUCUCGUGGCCUUUAGCACCAGGAGAAGUAUUUACUUCCCCAGAGGUGGUAUCUGUAUAUUCAGAGAAAGGCUUGGGAGGUAUGUCCCGAUCUUUUCAUUCACUUUUUAGGAACCAUUUGUCGCGGUCAAAUUACACAUUCGCAACUCGCCCACCAUUAUUGAACUCCUGGGAAGGGCUAGGCUUUGAUUUUAACCAGUCUUCCAUGGUCAAAUUGGCCGAAGAUGCUGCAGGACUUGGGUGUAGCCUGUUUGUCAACGACGAUGGGUGGUUCGGUACCGAUUAUCCCCGAAACAAUGAUUCUCUCGGCUUAGGUGACUGGACUCCCAACCCAGCUAAAUUCCCGGAUGGUCUUGGACCCUACGUUGAGCAAGUGGAUAACAUUACUGUACGAAACACCUCCGAUCACGUAAAGUUCGGUCUAUGGGUCGAGCCAGAAAUGGUGAAUCCCGAUUCUGAUCUGUAUAGACGGCAUCCCGAAUGGUGCAUGCACGCUGGAAGUCAUAACCGUACGCUCCAAAGAAACCAACUCGUGCUGAAUCUUGGCCUUGAAGAAGUUCAGGACUACAUCAUUACCACCAUCGAAAAGAUACUCGACUCCGCUUCCAUUGAAUAUAUCAAGUGGGAUAACAAUCGUGGUAUUCAUGAGAUGUCGUCUCCUUCAGCGAACCACGCUUAUAUGCUGGGGUUAUAUCGGGUUAUUGACAAUCUCACGACCGCACACCCGGAGAUCUUGUGGGAGGGAUGCGCAUCAGGGGGAGGCAGAUUCGACGCAGGCCUACUUCACUACUGGCCACAGAGCUGGACUAGCGAUGAUACGGAUGGUCUAGAACGGCUCCAUAUCCAGUUUGGUACAUCUUAUCCCUAUCCGCCCUCGGCGAUGGGUUGCCACGUCAGCGCCGUCCCAAAUUACCAAACCGGCCGUACCACUCCUCUAGCUUUCCGAGCAGCUGUGGCCUCGAUGUGCGGGUCAUUCGGUUUCGAAUUAGAUCCUUCCGAGCUCACCCAGGAAGAGCGGGAUGCGAUUCCCGUAUUGAUAUCUACGCAGCAGAAGAUUAACCCCAUUGUGAUUAAUGGUGACUUUUACCGCUUGGCACUGCCAGACCAGUCGAAUUGGCCCGCAGCUAUGUUCGUCUCUCCUGGGCACGACUCCGCUGUCCUAUUUGCUUUCCAGAUCCGCUCUGCCCUGAAGCCGGUACCACCGCCGUUAAAACUGCAAGGUCUAGACCCGAAUGCAAAAUAUAAAGUGAGCAAUGGAACCUGGGAGCAGAAUUGGUCAGGUUCGACAUUGAUGAAUACCGGUCUUAGUUUGAGGUGGCCCAACUCCGACUACGAAAGCAUUAUCUUGACAUUUGAUAGACUUUAGGUAAUUCGGAACGCAUUUAUCUAUGGUAGAGAAAGACCUUUACUGUGCUUGUUGCUGGAGCGCUUAUUAUAUAGCUUGAAUGAGUGUAUUAACUCGAGAAGCACUAAUAUAAUAGACGAGGUAACAUCUUUGUGUCGCACCAUUUGGUUCUUAGUGACUGCUAAAGGACUAUGGGGGAAUCAUACCACUGAGUCUUCUUGAUCCUAGAGUGUCUUCCAAUCAAAUACCCUCUCCCACGCAGCCGCUACUUUCAGACAAUCGACAUCUGCAUACUUGCGACCUACUAUCUGAAUGGCUGUAGGCAGCUUUACAGUUGGAUCUUCCCGAGCAGGAACAAAACCAACAGGCAGCGACAGAGCAGGAUGUCCCGAAUCUUUUCAGCGUUAUCUGUUAGUGUUCUUUUUUCUUCUUCUUUUUUUCUAGAUAGAGAGAGAGAAGAAUCUUUUGACAUACUAUUAAAGGGGCAAGUAUUUGCU